CACUCACUCACAUAUUCCAUCUCCCUCCUCUUCUUUCUUUCUUCUUCUAUAUCGGAAGCCACAAUGUACAAAAUCACCGUCCUGCUACUACUUCUUCCUGCCACGUUUCACGUUGUCUUGUCAGGCACCACCGACGGUUUACUGCCAAAUGGCAACUUCGAGUAUGGACCAAAGCCAUCACAAAUGAAAGGCACGGUCGUGAAGGACCCAAAUGCCAUUCCCAACUGGAAGAUUUCUGGGUUUGUUGAGUACAUAAAAUCAGGCCAAAAACAAGGCGACAUGUUGCUGGUUGUCCCUGAAGGGGACUUCGCCGUUAGGCUCGGCAAUGAGGCUUCAAUCAAACAGAAGGUCAAGGUCACCAAGGACAAGUUUUACUCCAUAACUUUCAGUGCAGCUCGCACUUGUGCACAGGAAGAGAAACUCAACAUCUCCGUUUCCCCAACUUCCGAACCCAACGACUGGGGUAUUCUGCCGAUGCAAACUAUGUAUAGCAGCAAUGGCUGGGAUUCUUAUUCAUGGGGUUUCUUGGCCGAAGCCUCCGAAAUUGAGAUUUCUAUUCAUAACCCUGGUGUUGAAGAGGACCCCGCUUGCGGCCCACUAAUUGAUUCAGUUGCUUUGAAGGUUUUAAAUACUCCCAAGCGUACUAGAGAAAACAUGUUGAAGAAUGGAGAUUUCGAAGAGGGUCCAUAUGUAAUCCCCAAGACAUCUUGGGGAGUUCUAAUUCCACCUAACAUUGAAGACGAUCACGGCCCUCUUCCAGGAUGGAUAAUUGAGUCUCUGAAAGCAGUGAAAUACAUAGAUUCAGAUCAUUUCUCAGUUCCUGAAAGCAAACGAGCCAUUGAGCUCGUGGCCGGAAAAGAGAGUGCUAUUGCACAAGUUGUCAGAACCACCGUAGGCAAGAACUACAGCCUGUCAUUUUCCCUAGGCGAUGCCGGCAAUUCAUGUGCCGGGUCGAUGGGAGUUGAGGCGUAUGCAGGGUUGGAUAACAUUAAGGUCCCUUAUGAAUCUAGGGGCAAAGGAGGGUGGAAGAAAGCUGAGUUCAAAUUUAAGGCUGUUUCAACAAGAACAAGAAUUAUGUUCUUGAGUACAUAUUACAACAUGCAGAGUGACAAUUCAGGAUCAUUGUGUGGGCCGGUGAUUGAUAAUGUUAAAUUGCUGGGUGUUCGCAGUAGAAGACGUGUGUGAUUUGAUGAGUUGAAAGUAAAAGGCUACUUGCUUGGCACUUAGAGAUUGUCAUGCGAUGUUUUUACUUUGUAAUGUAACAGAAACAUGAGAGUUGAUGAGUUUACAAUGUUUUUAUAUAAUGUGCCUAUCCUUUUUAAAGUAA